UGCGGAGUGCAGAAAAGUGUUAACAACUGGCGGCGGCGCGCUUCGCUUCGGAUCUAGGAUUGGAGCUUCUUGCUUGCAACUUCAUUCAUAUUCCGAACGUCGUGUUGUUAAUACGUACGAUUGGACGAACUCUCGCGAUCGGUGCGCGCGCGUGCACAUGUGGGGCCCUCGAAACGGCCGCGUGUAGUGUAGUGAAUCGGUUGCAUAAUUUUCGCGCCACGGUGGUGAUCUUUGGCAAAGAUCCACGCUUGACUGCUGCAGCACGGUAGAUGAUUCGCUGAAGUGGCCUUUGGAGCAAACUGUGUUAUUUCUUGAUUUUUUGAUCGAUUGCGUGUUUAUCACUGUUCGAGCUCCGACAGGCUUUCGGCCGCGGUUCCUUGCAGCAUUUUUUUUUUGUUUUUUUGAGAUCCAGAUAGAUUAGCAAUGGAAUGGAAAUGAUUGUAGUGAGUUUGCUGUUGUGAGUGGAACGGAUUACUGGAAAGCAGGCGGUUUUGGGUCAGUGUUAACUAAUCUUCGAUAAGUCCCAAUCUUUCAUAGUGCACGGAACCGUGCGAAGAAGCCCAUCAUGGUUAUACCGGGAAUUCCGUUCGUCAAACUGGUCCCCCUGCUGGGCGGAUCUGCGUUGAAGGCUGCCCCGGCCGUGACGGCAGUUACGGCAACGGUUGCAGCGGCUAUCAAGACUGCUACCACGAUCAUUGGGGUGGGGAAACUGGCGAUCAUACCGAUACUGAUUGCAUCGCUGGCGUACUACAACUACGAUCUGUUUGAUCCGGAGAAUCGACCUUUCAAUGUGAAAGAGGUGGAUCGUGAAUAUGAUUUCAUCGUCGUGGGAGCUGGCUCAGCCGGGGCCGUCGUGGCGUCGAGGCUGUCGGAGAUUGGCGACUGGAAGGUGCUGCUGCUGGAAGCGGGAGGCCACGAGACGGAGAUUUCGGAUGUGCCAAUUUUGUCGCUGUAUUUGCACAAAAGCAAGCUGGAUUGGAAGUACAGAACCCAACCGCAGAAAACCGCAUGCCAAGCGAUGAAGGACAACCGCUGCUGCUGGACGCGUGGAAAAGUGUUGGGCGGCUCGUCGGUGCUCAACACCAUGCUCUAUAUUCGCGGCAACAAGCGUGACUUUGACCUGUGGCACGCGCUAGGAAACCCCGGCUGGAGCUACGAGGAAGUGCUGCCCUACUUUAGGAAAUCAGAAGACCAGCGCAACCCCUACCUGGCGCGCAACAAGAGACAACAUGCAACAGGUGGUCUCAUGCAGGUUCAAGAUGCUCCGUAUUUGACGCCGCUGGGUGUGUCGUUUCUGCAGGCUGGUGAAGAAAUGGGUUACGACAUCGUGGACGUGAACGGAGAGCAGCAAACCGGAUUUGCGUUCUUCCAAUUUACGAUGCGACGUGGCACGAGAUGCAGUUCUUCCAAGGCGUUUUUGAGACCUGUUCGGAACCGGAAGAAUCUACAUGUAGGAUUGUUUUGUCACGUUACGAAAGUUAUCAUGGAUCCGGAAAAUAAACGUGCUUUGGGAGUGGAAUUCGUUCGUGACGGAAAGAAGCAUGAAGUCUAUGCUACUAGGGAGGUUAUUUUGUCUGCUGGAGCUAUCGGAUCACCACAUAUAUUGAUGGUGUCUGGAAUUGGACCCAGGGAGAACUUGGAACAGGUCGGAGUUCCGGUGAUACAUGAUUUACCAGGGGUGGGACAGAAUCUGCAGGAUCAUAUAGCAGUCGGAGGACUGGUGUUCCGAGUAGAUCAACCCAUUUCAGUUAUUAUGAACCGGUUGGUGAAUCUGAAUUCUGCUAUUCGCUACGCUGUUACUGAGGAUGGUCCUUUGACCAGUAGCAUUGGCUUAGAAGCAGUGGGUUUCAUCAAUACGAAGUACGCUAAUCAAACCGAUGACUGGCCGGAUAUAGAGUUCAUGUUGACCAGUGCAUCUACGCCGUCCGACGGAGGAGAUCAAAUCAAGAAAGCUCACGGACUGAAAGAUGAGUUCUACGAGCAUAUGUUCAGCGAAAUCAACAAUCAGGAUGUUUUCGGAGUUUUUCCUAUGAUGUUGCGGCCAAAGAGUAGAGGUUUCAUCCGAUUACAAUCAAAGAACCCACUUCGCUAUCCCCUGCUUUACCACAAUUACCUCACCCACCCAGAUGAUGUAGGCGUCCUUCGAGAAGGAGUGAAAGCGGCCAUUGCCUUUGGUGAAACACAAGCCAUGAAGCGUUUCGGUGCCAGAUUCCACAGUAAACAAGUACCCAACUGCAAUCACCUACCAGAAUUCACAGACGAAUACUGGGACUGUGCUAUCCGGCAGUACACCAUGACAAUCUACCACAUGUCAGGAACAACCAAAAUGGGUCCACGGGAAGAUCCAUAUGCAGUGGUAGACAACAAACUCCGAGUCCACGGAAUCAAGGGCUUACGUGUCAUCGAUGCCAGUAUAAUGCCACGGAUAACAAGUGGCAACAUCAACGCACCAGUCGUCAUGAUCGGCGAAAAGGGCGCAGAUCUAAUCAAAGAACUCUGGAUUCAGAGAGGGUAUUAUAGCAGGAGAGGAAAGCGGGAACGCGAUCCACUUUCGAAUGUCACCACCACUACCGAAUCGAGUGCGAACGUAACGACAGCUAGCUAGGAGCAAGUACGAACUCAAAGAAUUUAGAUAAACACUAAUAAAUUUCCUCUAAUACUGGGGUCAAGCCAAAACUCAACCUGAAGAGAAAGUCUCUUGUCCAUUUCACAAACUCAUAGAUGCUUAUUUAGUAAACUUUUCGCGCGGUAGGCGAAUCCCGUUACCAGUACUUGCUCUACAAACGCUUUAUUAUUUUUUUUGUAAAUAAUCUUUAUGAUGCCGCUAGAUUUAACGUGUCGUGUUCACCGCGCAGUUGUGCGUAAUGUAGUAGAAUUGUGUAGGCUGUCCAACAAGAAUCACAAUGAAAUGACUGACUAUUUAAGUUAGUAGAUGUACGUAACAUGUAAUGACUUAGGUAGGAAUCGAGGUGUGAAGUAAAUUUUGAAUUAAGAAUAGAAGAAAAGAAAGUCAAAUUAAUUCCGAUGACAAUUCAUACAACAUGUUUGACCGAGCAAUACUAGAUGACAUUUAAACAGUGGACUUGAUCAACAUUGUAUAGGAAAAUAGAAAUUUAAUCGCAUAAAUCCCGUACAAAGCUUUUUCGGUUCAUCUUCUUCUUCUUCUUUAUGGCUCUACGUUACCACUGAGUCUUGACCUGCCUCGCUUCAACUUAGUAUUCCUUGAGCAUAUCCACAGUUAUUAAUUGAAGGGGUUUCCUUGCCUGCCAUUGCAUGAAUUGGUAUAUUGUGAGGCAAGUAAAAUGAUACACUAUUGUCCAGGGAGUCGAGAAAUUUUUUCCGACCAGAACGGGAAUCGAACCCGCCGUCUCCGGAUUGGCGAUCCAUAGCCUUAAUCACUAGACUAACUGGAAACCCUAUAUUAGCGCCCAAAUAACUGCGCAAAAUAUGGGUGCGAUUGGUUGCGUCACCGUAUUCCGCAUUGCGAUUGAAAUUUGUAUGAGAUUUAGUGUAGAAAAUAUUCACUCUUUCGAAUUUUUCUCACAGGCAGCUUAAAUUUGUAAUCGAUAAUGUUCAAAUAAAGCCUUGAAUAAACCGAAAAACUUUGUCGAGGACCAUAAAGCGAUCCGACACUUGUGACCAGAGUUAUAACAUACACAUCGUCUGAUCGACUGAUACUGAACAUUUAACAUGUAAAAAGGAAUGUUUGUUUUGUUUGUUUGUUUAUUAUCGACACUUUACACAAUUGUGCAGAGUAAUUGUAAACAAUUGUAAAGGAAUAAUAUCAAUAAUAAAAUUAUAAUUUUUGACCUAACACGUAGGAUAAGUCAGCAAUUACACAGCGUAACGUCUGUCUCAAGAGCAAACUUAUGUGUCUCUGACAGAUUUUGGGCUGCUGAAUGCGAACCGGGCUCAGAUUUGCUCCAGCACGUCACAAUUUUGAGAUAUACCCCAAUUUAUAGGGCAAAAUAUGCUAUUUUGGGCUAUUUUGAGAGCCAGCCAUUAAGCUGGAUAUAUUUUUUAUAAGCAAAAAGUUAAUUGGUCAAUUAACCUCUAAAUUAACGACUCAAUGCAAAAUAUUUUGUUUUAGCAAAUCAAAUUUGAUAGUUUGAAUCGAUUUAUGUUAGUAAGUAAACUUGCAUGCAACUUUUGGAAAGUGACUUGUAUGGGAAAUACCGUACAUAACAUAAAUCGCUUAAAACUAUCAAAUUUGAUUUGGUAAAAUGAUUUAUUUUGCAUGAGUCAUUAAUUUAGAUGUUGAUUGACCAAUUUACCUUUUGAUUACUUAAAAAAAAUAUUUCUUUGCUUAAUGGCUGGCAAUCAGAAAAGCCCAAAAUGGCAUAUUUUGCCCAAUAAAUUGGGGUAAAGCUCAAAAUUGUAACGUGCUGGAGCAAAUCUGAACCCGGAUUCGGAUUUAGCGGUCCAAAAUCUGUCAGAGACACAUAAGUUUGCUCUUGAGACAAAAAAAAAUGUUGCGCAGUGUUAUUGUACGGAUUUAAAGCUCGUUUUUUGUUGCACAUCUUAUAAGAAAAGCAUGGAGUGUGCAACACUUGGCGAGUUUUUAAGCCAUGCAACAAUUUACCUUACACCGGAUCGCUGUGCGGUCUGAGACAAAAAAUUUCGACAUAUCCUAGGCCAUACUUCCUGAAAGAAUGUAGAGGUCUCUAUAUACUUUCAUUGGUGUCCAACUAAUCUUGCUUUCCCUUCCCUCAGCUAUCGCAUGGACGUGGCCAGGACAGCACUCGAUCGUUGGAGAUUUGCGUCAAUCUUGUCUAACAGUCAGAGAUUAGUCUCAAAUCUUUGUUCUUUGGUAACGGACAGGAAGGAUGCAAUCCUCAUAACAGCGAUCCAAGGCUGUACCACCUCGAAUUUGUGCGACUUGCUUAACCCUCUAAUACCCAACCCCGCCUUUAGACGGGGUAUAGUUGGAGCAUUUUUGUAAUUUUUGUUUCGUGGAAAAUCAAACCUUUUAUAUUUUUGCCUGAUAUUUAGGACUGUUCUGUAUAUCUCCAAAUGAUUUUUGGUGUAUUUUAAAACGUAUUUACACUUUUAAAAAUCAUUGAAAAAAUGAUGUUUUAGUCACCUUUCAGAAGUUAAUGUUUAUUUUGUAUUGAUUCGCUACAAUAAACAUAUUUUAAAUUUUUCUCAAAUCAUUCUAUCCUAGUUUAAUAGUUUAAGGGAGUCGAAUACACUGUAAAAUUAUUUUCCUUAAAAUUACACGGAAAACAAAAUUUCCCAUGAAAAAAAUUUAAAAUUGAAAUGUUUCAACAAUAAUCAUAAAAUCUCAAAAUGAUUCCGUCUCAAAAAAUCCGUACCCCAAAGAGGCUUCCAGGAAAAAUAUAAAAGUGUGGGGAUGUUCAAAAAUAAAAAUUAGAAAAAUUAAAUACCGAAAUUCACGAAAUCGAGAAUUAAAAAGAAUCAUCUUCCAAAACAUGUUUAAAUCGAUUUUAGAUGACGAAAAAUGAUAUAUAGAUCAAAAUCAAAAAUUUGGGUAUUAGAGGGUUAAUGCUAAUAUCCUAGGCCAUUCUUUUACAUGAGUUGAAGCAAAAAAGAUCUGCUUAGAAAAAUGUACAAAAAAGUACGUUUCUCCUUUGUGGAGCGGAUCUGGUGUGAUGGUUAGAACACUUGACUAUCACGUCGAGGACCUGGGAUCGAAUCCCACUCCCGACAAACUCACAAAAUGUGAGUUCUUCCUUCGGAAGAGAAGUAAAGCGUGGGUCCCGAGAUGAACUAGCCUAGGGAUAAAAAUCUCGUUAAUACAUAUAAAUAAAUAAUACGUUUCUCCAUACUGAGUCAUAUACAAAUUUCAAUAGCAAUACGGAAUAUGGGGACGCUUUCAAUUGCAAUUUUGGCAUUAACCAAAACAUACUAAACAUAGUCGAAAAAACUUUGUUCCAAAAAGUCGACCUGGUUGACUCAGUCUACUAAGCAGCUGAUUUGAUUUUUAUCAAAGCCGUAACGGGGUUCAUCGUUUUCUGAAUUUGGUGCUCACUUGAAAUCAUAUUCCAACUGGUUUUAUUGAAAUUUUAUGAUGGCUUUUUUGAAGCUCCGCACAUUUAUAUUGGUACAUCCAAAUAUUAAGGGUAAAUGUUUAUUAGGCCGUCCCUUAUUUUGCAAAAUUUAGAAAUGUUAUAAGUUCGUUAGUGGAAAAUGAUCGUUUUAGCUAAAAAAUGAUCGUGUCAAAAUUUGAAGUCCGUAUUUCAUGGCUAAGUGGUCCCUCAAGGGGCCUAAAGUUGUCAAAAAUUGUAUGGGACCAAAAAAACAUGAUUUUUUUUUCGACAAAACAAAUACGCUAUUCCACUAAAACCGGUGAUUUUAGGACCUUAAAGGCCAAAAAUGUGCUUAGAUUUGCGAUAUCUCCACUCGUUUCCAAGAUAUUGACAAAAAAAAAACUGAAAAAUCAGCAUUUUUGACCAUUUUUUAGAUUCCGAAGGAAACUUACCCUAUUUUGUUCAAUAACUCAAAAACAAGUAGAGAUAUCGCAAAUCUAAGUACAUUUUUGGCCCUUUAGGGUCCUAAAAUCACCGGUUUUAAUAGAAUAGCGUAGGGCCUAUAUAGCCGAGGCGGUAAACGCACGGGUAUUCAGCAUGACCAUGCUGAGGGUGACGGGUUCGAUUCCCGGUCGAUCCAGGAUCUUUUCGUAAAGGAAAUUUCCUUGACUUCCUUGGGCAUAGAGUAUCUUCGUGCCUGCCACACGAUAUACACAUGCAAAAUGGUCAUUGGCAGAGGAAGCACAGUUAAUAACUGUGGAAGUGCUCAUAGAACACUAAGCUGAGAAGCAGGCUUUGUCCCAGGAGGACGUUACGCCAAGAAGAGGAGAGAGGAAUAGAAUAGCGUAUUUUUUUUGUCGAAAAAAAUUUCAUGUUUUUUGGUCCCAUACAAUUUUUGACAACUUUAGGCCCCUUGAGGGACCACUUAGCCUUGAGAUACGGACUUCAAAUUUUGACACGAUCAUUUCUUAGCUAAAACGAUCAUGUUCCACUAACGAACUUAUAACAUUUCCAUUUUUUGCAAAAUAAGGGACGGCCUAAUGUUUAUUUGAGAAGGGCUGGCCACCAUAACUCUCGAUCUCGUUUCAGAGAGCGAGUAAAGGCGCUGUAAGGCUUGAGAGCCAGGGCAUACGGGGUAAAUAACGUUGUCUCAAACCAGGAUUCAAGAGGACAUGGAGUGACAUUAACAUUCUUGGCAAAGUCACUUUCAACGAAGCGGUACAUUAUUCUCGCUUUUCACGGAACGGUUGGUACGAGAUGUCCUCGUUCACUUUCUUCAAUAACAAUAACAACGCUGCACAGUAGGCCUGGCCGCUUUUUGUUUGUAAAAUGCAUUUAUGAUGCACUCCAACUAAAUUACAAGAAAAAUAAUGGGAGUAGUCGAUCCUAUCAUUUUCCAAGAUUCUUUCAAUGAAUGGCUGUGUAUGUGUAGACUAGACUAGACUAGACUAGAAGUGAGCAUACAUAAAUACAAAACAAAAAAUGGAACCGAUCGGUGCCGUAAUCGCUUGUUUUCGAAUAGGAUGAAUUUGAGAGCGUGAGAUUAAUUAUGGCAUUCAUACCCUAUUUUUAUUUUUAUUCAUGAAAAAUAUUUUCCGCGUAAUUUUAAGGAAGAUAAUUUUAGAGUGUAUUCAACUCCCCUUACUUCCCUUUUAAUUAAAAAAAAAAAAUAAAAUAUGUUAAUUGUUGCGAUUCAAUACUAAAGAAACAAUGACAUCUGAAAGGUGAUCACAAAAACAUUUUCUCAAUGAUAUUUUUUAAAUGUAAAUAUGUACGUUUUAAAACACUAAAAACAAUUUUGAGAUAUACAGAUUACAGCUAAAAUAUAACAGAUGAAAGGAUAGAAAAAAACAUUAAACUAAACCCUGUCUAAAGUAUGAGUGUGAGUAUGAGGGUUUGGUACGUGCAGCACUAAUAUGUUGUUUUUUGCGUCAGUAUGAAUAAUGCAUGGAUUAAAAAUAAAACGUUACGUCGAUCUCUUUUAUAUAUUAAAAGAUCUUCAAAGGAGGUCUUUCUGACAAUUAAAAAUCCUGUGACGACAGAAUAACUCGAAGAAGCGACCUAUUUUUCUAUUCCAAUUCCCUAAAUUCAAUUUAUACCGACGCACGCUUGUUAUUUUAUCUCCAAUUCACUGAAAAAAACUAUAAAAAUACAUUAUGAUAUACUCAACUCUUCUAUCAAGGGAGAUAUGUGACUUUACCGAAACAGCUAGUGAAAACAUUUUUGUAUCCGUUGGACGACCAUUUGUUAUUUGUUGCUGUUGGUCAUCGUGUACCACGGGCACUGGCGCGAGCUUCUGUAGCGCACCUUCGAUAGUUGAAUAAAACCUCCACAUAUCAGUCCGAUCUAUGUUUUUCUGCUACUCAGCAGUUCGCCAACUAUCCCUUCGAUUGACUGCCGUGAGAUAAUAAAACGCAUCGUUCAGUUAUGUUUUUUGAUCUUGUGGCACAGUGAUACGUGACAUACCGGAUAAUUACGUCGUAUUUGUUUUGUAACUACAAUUAUCUUGUUACAAAAUAAUGAUUAAAGCCAAUGUUCAGUCAAGAAAGAUCCUAGACCUACCGGGAAUCAAUGCUAUCACCGUCAGUCUACAAUCGUUGAACAUAUGUAACAUGAUUUAUGUGGUAUUUAAGAAGAACAUGUUAGCAUAGCAUAGCAUAGCAUAGCAUAGCCGACCGUACACAUCCUGGGGUGGCUGUCGAUAGAGACGUUUAAUGCGCCAGAAAAGUUGCCUGGGACUUGACAAACCUUUCAUUUAACGAACUCUCGACACCUGGCCAGGUCCUUACGAUCAGCGGGGAUGGGGAGGAAAUGUUGAUUAGAUAUCUACUCACAAUAUGUCCAAGAACUUGGCCCACUUCAUAGAUAUCUGGAGUUGGAAAUUGGAUAGGGUUUAAUGGGGUGCUUUCCUUGGCGAAAAAGCGUAUGAGAAAUUGUCAUGAUUUAAUCAUUUACCUGGUUACCACGAAAAGAAAAAUUAGAUAGAUCUCACCAAAUUUGUCUCUUGAAGACAUAAAAUCUUAUUCCUCAAGCCAGAACACCUCAAAAUUGCCGCACCACUUCAGAACGUCUCAUAAACGCGGAAUUCACUGAGGGCAAUCCAUCAUCCACACUGAAAAACGACGACGCACACAACAAAAUCAAACCAACGCGACAAAAGCAGCGGGACCUAAUUCAAAAUAUGAAAAAUCACCAAAAUCUUCCAAAAUUUAAAAUUUUCAGACGCGAAAAAAAUGACAGCGCGAAAAUUCGAAACGUCCGCGCGCGCGCAUCGACUACUGCGAUCAUGGUAUUUAAGAAGAACAUAUUGUGAAAAUAUUCUUUUCAAGCUUGUACGACGAGUUUAAAAUAAUUGAAUAAAAAAACAACCUACAAUCAACAAAACACAGGACUAUUAAAUAUGGUAGGCCAAUCACUACAACGAGAAAGGAAAUAAUGAGCUGUCUCGAGAAAAAGAUAAACUGUUUUUACGAUAAUCUAUCAGUAAUGGACUGACAGAAAACACAAACAUAAAAAAUGAAUGAAAUAAUUCAAAUUACCCGACCGAAUUGUAGCUAAUGAUUGUUUGUUUUUAUGAUGUUUAUCAGUUCGUUCAACUAAUUAAAUCGACGAAUUAUGAUGGAAAAGGAAUAACAAGUUCACCACGGUUAAAGUGUUUUUAUCUGUGUGAGCUUUACACCACACAGGUCGGUUUUACACCGUCUUUUCUUCGCCUGCUGUUUCGUUGGAAAGUUCGCCCGGUUUACCAAAGAGAGGUGAAGAUGCAGUCGAAAGUUUCACACUGAUCACUAGCUCCGCCUAUGUGUCAGGUUGUUAGACAGCGUCUUCAGAUGAGGAGAUAGUACACUUUUCCGUAUGGAAGAUUCAAAUGGAAGGUAAGAAUUGUAAUUUUUGUGUUGAUGUUUAAGGACAAGGUAUUUGGAGUACAUUGCUCAAAAUUUCUAGAGCACCGUUUUUUAGAACCGUUGAACGGAUUUGGAUUAAAAUUCAUCACGCUGUUGACAACCACUGAACAAUUAGCGUGAUGCAUUUUCAUCCAAAUCCGUUCAACGGUUCUAAAAAACGGUGCUCUAGAAAUUUUGAGCUAUGUACUUCAAAUACCUUGUCCUUAAUUGAAUUUAUUUCAGUUGAUUCACUCUUUUUGGUAGUUAAUGUGUUCACAUUGCUGUUUAUUUGCGUAUUAGUACCAAAGAUAAUUAGAAUGCUGAAUUUAAUUUAUCAAUUGUAAAAUAUCUUUAACAAAUUUUGAUUAUUGUUACGCUGAACAUUAUUUGAGGCCUGUUUUAGAUCAGAUUAUACCGAAGGCCUGAAUUUUUAAAACUUCUCCUAGAAGCUUAGUGAACUGCUCAUUUGGCUUUGACGCAUUACCAAAAGCUGUUGCCAUUGUUCUUACCAAACAAGAAUCAAUAAGAAAUACAUCCGCUAAACCCACUAAAACCCUACCCUAAGGUUAGGGUAAGCCGUUUUGUAUUUUAUUUCCUGGGAAAACAAAACUUUUAUAUUUUUGGCUGAUAUUUUGGACUGUUUUGCAUAUCCCACAAUAGUUUUUGGUGCUUUCAAAGAGAAUAUACAUUCAAAAUAAAAACGUUGAAACGUUGAUAUUUUGGUCACCUUUCAGAUGUAUUGAUUCGCAACAACAAACAUAUUUUAAAUAUCCCCCUGAGCAUUCCGUCAUAGAAAAAUAGUUUGUUUCACUUAAAUGCUUUCGAAAAUUAUUUUCCUUAAAUUAAACGAAAAAAUAUCUUUCUAAAGCUAUAAAUAAAAAUAUUUAAAAAAAUUACAAAUAAAAAUAUUUAAAAAAAUUUAAAUAAAAAUAAAUAGAUAAAUAAAAACUAUAAAAGCUCAAAUUGUUUUUAUCUUCAAAUCGGUAUGUAAAAAGGUGUUCAAGAAAAAUCUAAAAAUGUAGGGAUCGGAUGCUUGAAAAUAAAAAUCGCGAAUAAGAAACUAUCGGCAUUCAAAACAUGUUCAAAUCGAGUUCAUAUGACGAAAACUAUAUUUAGAUCAAAAUAUAAAAUGUAUGUUGGAAUUGCAAUAGAAAUUAUAUGGUGUUCAGUGGCUGCAUGGACCUCUUUUUUUACCUUUUUAAAUUAUUUUAAUACAUAUUUACCAUGAACAGAUACAUAUAAACUUGCAGAUAACACAAGUUUACAAAAUAAAACGAAAGUCGUGAACUUGUGUCAACGACCAAAAUUUUUGAAGCACAAUUUAGUGCUGAUUUCGAAACCGACCUUCAAAAAAUUUUAAGUAGAGCAGUUUUUGAGUUUUAGCUCAAUAUCGAGUUUUACAUCUUUUCAAAAUAUGUAAUUUACUAAAAUUCAAAUAUAUUGCGUUUUGUUCAACCAAUUUUAAAUCUUUUUCCAUAAAUUGAAAGCUGACUACAAUACCAUUUGAUCAUCUGAAUUCAGGUUUUGCGUCAGAUUGAUGAAAUUCAAGAUAUUGGCGAGUUUUAGGGACGAUCUUCUUAAAUUUUAGCAAAAUUCUCAAAUUUUUUUGUAGAAAUGUAUUUUUUUCAAUAAGAAAAAACCAACGUAAAAACUCUUUCUCGACGUUUAUUUGACGUAUCAUAUGUAGGCGAGUUACAGUAAAAAAUUCAGCUCAAUCGGAGUAUUGAUUACGGAGAACGAAAUUUUUGAAGUGAGCGACUUUGCUUAAAAAUAGAACAAAAAUCGAUUUCAAAUCAUCAACCUUGUAUGGAAAGUCGAGAAAAUUUCCGCUCUACUGUAUUUUUUUUCUUUCGCGUUUUCGAACUCAGGGCAUGAUUCUACACCAAAAAUGAUCAUCAGCUUAUCGAGUUCAAAAAUGCUGUAAACUAGUGUAAUCAAUAAAUCACACGAUAAUUAAUGAUUACUUGUGUAGUCAUAAGAAAAUAUUGCUUUUCAGUAAUCGAAUGCACACUGUUCAACCUUGAAAGUAUCUUGUAUCAAUCAAUCUUCGACAUUGAAACCUACGCAAAUCAUACGAUUUUAUCUGUCUCGUAAAGCAAAAAGAGGCAAUAUCCGGUUCAUCAGCCGUUGUCCACAAUAUCGAGAUAGCU